AUGCACCUCACGGUCCUGACCCCGCUGUGCCUGGCCCUCCCCGUGGCCAUGUGCUUCCAGCUGUCCCCAGCGGGACUCGACGGCGUCUACCGGGUGACUGUCAACGGUAACGGCGUGGAGGAGCACCACAGACUCGGCGAUGUCACGGGCUGGACGGUCGGCGGCGGCCAAAUGCACGGGCGGCGGUGGCAGCAGCGGAGCGGCGGCAAAAUACCAUCUCGGAGGCGAGAAGUUGGCCCGUCAACGACCUCAGCCACUUGGGACACGACCGAGUCUGGUGAUGAUGGCUUCGACAUCACCAUCACCGAUAGCGCUAUCACUGACGACACUGUCACCACCAACACUACCAACAACACCAUCACCACCAACACCACCACCAACAUCACCAUCUCAGCCAACAAUACAAUCAACGCCACCAGCGCCGCCACUCACACCAGGACCAUGAGCGACGGGACCAGCAUGACGACCACCAAGCCGACCGGGGACGCCUCCCUGCUCUUUGACUGGACGCGCGGCGUCUACUGGCGGCUGUUCGACUUGGAGGGCACGUGGGAGUGCAAGACCAUGUCGCCGCCGACGCGGUCGCUCAACGCCACGCUCGUCGCGCAGGCGUACGCGGGACUGGACGCGCAGUGCGACCGCAGCGGCGCGCGCGGCAGGCCCAUGGCGCAGCCCGUCAAGCCGAAGCACCACUUCUACGCCCGCAGCGAGAACGUCGUCGCCUUCUUCUGCAACUUCGCCCAGGCCCCCAUGAGCCCGACCCCGAUCUGGUGCGACGACUUUGACCGCAUCUCCUUCACGCGCGGUCUGGCCCGCCGCUGCGGCAUCGACAGGCCCGGCUGGGUCACCUUCCAUGCCGAGACCGUCACGCUCUCGUACGGGCUCGACGAGGUCGACCACACAAAGACGUUUUGCGCCGAGUCCCACCACUGAAGGGGUGACGGCGGCCGAGGAAGGGAGUUUAUUGGAUGGUUUUGCUGUCGUUCUUUUUUUUCUUUUUUUUUCUUUUUCGUUGUUGAGAUCAUGCUGGGUCGACGAUCGGGCCGAGGGGGCGAGGAAGACGAG